AUGCCCACCCCUCCCCUCCUGGCCCACUCACCUCUCCACUACCUGCUGAUGGCACUGCUCCUUGUCCUCUCAGAAGCUUCUGAGCAGAAGAAUGAGGAUGAGUGGCAGGUGCUACAGCCCGAGGGUCCCAUGCGUGUGGCAGAAGGUCAGACACUCCUGCUAAGGUGUACUGUGGUUGGCUCACAGAUCGAUGACAUGAUAAAAUGGAUCAAGGUGAGAAAUCUGGACCAGAAGGAAAUGUACAACUUCAAACAUGGCUUCUUCUCUCGGGUAACACCUAUGACCCAAAGGAUACUAGGACCACUUAAUUGGGAUUAUUCCAUCCAUAUCCAUAAUGUCACCAAGGAAGAUGCUGGAACCUACCAUUGUGUGAAGUUUGAUGGCUUGAGUGAGCCCUUGGAAAAGACACUUAAUGAAGGCACUUCAGUGCUUGUGAAUGGAGCAGAGGAUCCAGGGCCCGAUCUCUGGAUCAUCCAGCCUCAGGAGUCUGUGUCUGUGACCACUGGACAUACUGCCUUCCUGAACUGCACAGUACGAGGCAAUGGUCCCCUGGGACCCAUAAGGUGGUUCCGGGGAACUGGUCUCAACCGGGAGGCCAUUUACAACUUUGAAGGUAUUUCUCACCCCAAUGUGUCAGCAGUCCACACCUCUGACAGUGACUUCAGCAUCGUCCUGGAAGGCGUUUCUACGCAGGAUGAGGGCACUUACUACUGUGUAAAGUUUCACAGGAGAUUCAACCGGCAAUAUCUGUCUGGUCAGGGCACCAGGCUGACAGUGAGAGCAAAUUCUACACAGGAGACCGAAUUCACCGACGGUCCUUCAGGGAGGGAAUCCUCAAAAGGCCUGCUGACUGCUGUCUUACUUGUGGUCCUGGGGUUGAAGGCAAUGAUCCUGGCUGCACUCCUGCUGGUCCUGACCAUCUGCCGAAGGAGACCUUGGAAAGAAGACAAGAUCCCAGGUUCAAAUAAAGCUAUGCAGGACUUAUGA